AUGUCUUUUCGAACAAACCCUAAGAAAGCAAUCCCUUUUGUGCUGAAGCGUCUGAGGAUGACCAGGACCACCUGCAAGACACUGGACAAAUCAUGUGAUGACAAGUUGGAAAAGUUGACUUCCCAAAUAGACCAAAUCAAGGAUUUGUUCAUGGCAGUGAAGGGGAAUGAAGAUGAACUCCUUGACACUUUAGCACUCCUAGAUCGCCAUCUUCGCACCAUAGGUAACAUAGACAAGGAGAAGUUUCAGUCUGACAUGGAAACUAUUUCCCAAAGAAUCAAGGACUCAACUGAGAAGUUGCUGCCAAAGGGUUGGGCUAGUCAAGGAGAAACACAAGCAUCUGUUUCACCAAAAGUAACAACAUCAUCAUCUCAGGAUCACAAGACUGCAGAGUUGCACUCAAUUCCCUCUUCAAGCCAACACAAGGAUGAGUUGCAUGAAGAAAACUUGAGUCAGAAAGUUGAGGUCAGUUUUGAAAAACUUGAAACACAUCUAAAACCUUGCUUGCUGUCUCUCCUAGUUUUCCCUGAAGAUGCUGUCAUAAACAAAAGACACACAAUUUACUGGUGGAUUGGAGAGGGUUUUGUGAGAAGUUCGGGAGAGAAAACAGCAGAGGAAGUAGGUGAGGGAGUGGUUGAAGAGCUUCUGAAUUGUCAAAUGAUUGUAGCUUAUGGUAAUGGUUUGAAUCCCGUUGUGAAAAAGUUCAAAAUCAAUCCUCGUAUCCGUGUUGAGUUGAUGACAUUAGAUUCAGAAAAAACGUUGUCUUUCCAAGAAUUCUCAAAUCAACGAGCUUGGUUAGAGCAACGUAAAGUUGUACUAGGUGGUGAUGAUAAGGAUAAUUUAAAACCUAAGCAGUGGAAAACUAUAUUCAAUGUUGGUGCGAGCUAUCUGAGUUUUGAGCCUGAAUGGUUGGCUAAAAUGAAGAGUUUAGAAGUGCUUCAACUUGGUCGGUGGCAAGAUUCACCUUCACAUCACAUUGAAGUGGCGAGUGAAGAAUUUCUGAAUGAGUUGAGGGUUCAUAAGAGAUUGAAGUAUCUUAGUCUGAGAGGGAUAUCAAGAAUACCCGAGUUGCCACCCUCCAUUGCACAGCUUGAGAACUUAGAAAUCCUUGACCUCAAAGCAUGCCACAGUUUGGAAGCACUUCCAACAAACAUUGCAUCAAUGAAAAGUCUGACACAUUUGGAUGUAUCAGAAUGUUACUUGCUGGACAGCAUGCCAAAGGGGAUUGAGAAGCUCACUCAGCUGGAAGUACUGAAAGGAUUUGUGAUAGGAAGUUCUAGCAAGACACCAUGCAGAAUCUCAGAUCUUGCAAAUCUGAAGAAACUGAAGAGAUUCAGUGUACAUAUUGGAAGUGAGGCUGUGAUACAAGAGAUGGAAUUUGAAAGCCUGAAGGAGUUGAGUGCAGUUAAGUGUGUAAAAAUAUCAUGGGGUGUGUCUGGAGAAAAGUACAGUGAUAUUCAGGUUCUUUUCCCAUCAAGUUUGGAGAAGUUGGACCUUGAAGGGUUUCCCGGAUCAGCAAUUCCGGAGUGGUUGAAGCCUAGCAGGGUACCGGGGGCAAUGAGGAAGCUGUAUAUAAAGGGAGGAAAACUGAAAAGUUUGGAUCAUGGUGAGAUUUGCCAUAAGUGGCAUGUGGAGAUUUUGCGUCUCAGGUACCUAAAGCAACUUCAGAUUGAGGAGCGAAAAUUGCACAAGUUGUUUCCUUCACUAAGGUAUGUUGAAAGAACAAAGGUCCUGAAUCAUUCUUUCCCGGAAUGGAGACUUGAAGAGUGA